AUGAGUAAUUCAACUAUUUCUGAUCAGUCGCUCAUGGACAAGUCUAUGCGGAGUGUUUUCGGUAAGAAUAAUUGUUUAAUACUAGAUUAUUUUUUUUCAAUAAUGAUAGCGCAUAACCUUGAAAUAUAUGAUGUUUUUGAACAGUCGGGAAUAUCCCGUACGAAGCCACAGAAGAGAAUUUAAAGGAUAUUUUUAGUGAAGUUGGACCAGUACUUUCGUUUAAGUAAGUUUAUUUUGCACUUAAAUAUCAUUGAAAUUUAUAAAAUUAUUAUUUUAUUAUUAAUGACAAUAAUGAUCUAUAGAUUAUUAUUUUACCUUCUAAAAUUUUUAAUUCAAUUAGAUUAGUAUUUGACCGGGAGACAGGUAAGCCAAAAGGAUAUGGCUUUUGUGAAUAUAAAGAUCAAGAGACAGCUCUUAGUGCUAUGAGAAAUCUAAAUGGUUAUGAAAUUGGUGGAAGAACAUUAAGGGUUGAUAAUGCAUGUACAGAAAAGAGUCGAAUGGAAAUGCAAAGUCUCCUACAAGGGCAGAACACUGAGAAUCCAUAUGGAGAGGCAGUACAGUCAGAUAAAGCUCCAGAAGCUAUAAGUAAAGCUGUUGCAUCUUUGCCACCUGAGCAAAUGUUCGAACUUAUGAAGCAAAUGAAACUCUGUGUACAAAAUAAUCCAAAUGAGGCACGUCAAAUGUUGCUUCAGAAUCCUCAACUGGCAUAUGCCUUGCUACAAGCUCAGGUAGUAAUGAGAAUAGUGGAUCCUCAUACAGCAGUUAAUAUGUUACAUAAAGCAAAUCCAAUCCCAGGUGUAUUAACACCUUCGGAUAAACCAGCUGUGCAUCCAGUUGCACCCCGAAUUGAAGAACCAUGGGCUCCUACCCGUCCAGCAGCAGUUACUAAUCCUCCAGCACCAAUAUUUGCUGGUCAAGAUGUUGAUUUACGUACAUUGGAUAGACAAAUGGAUCCACGUUUAGCUAGAAUGGAUCAAGAUUUAAGAGGACCACAAGUACAAUCAACACCUGUUAGUGCAUCUCCAGCUGUAUCUGCUAAUACAGAUCCUAGAGCACUUAAUACAUUCAAUAUCUCGGACAACGCCAGUGCCAGUUGCACCACCAGUGGUGCCAAGACCUGUUGCAGCACCUGCUGGUCAAUCUUCGAAUGUCGCUACAGCUAGCGUAGCAACUUCUGUGACAGCAUUGACUACGUCAACGACAUCUGCAACGUCCAGGCUUAUGGCAGGCAUGUCUCCAGCAGGAAAUAUACCAAGCGGAGCAUCCGAUCAAGAGAAGGCGGCUUUAAUAAUGCAAGUAUUACAGUUAUCUGAUGAACAAAUCGCUAUGUUACCACCUGAACAAAGGCAAAGUAUUUUGUUACUUAAAGAACAAAUUGCUAAAAGUGCUCAACGUUCAGAUUCUAUUAUGAGACAUCGGUACCAAAGAUCAUCGGUGAAUUUUGCGCAACAUGGAGUAUCUACCAAUAGAUUUAAAUUUGUUCCAGUUUAUAAGAUACAUAAAGAUGAAGCUACAUACAAUUAUUUGUGA